AUGGCCCAGGCUCGCUCCGCGCGCCUAAGUCCCAGGCUCGCUUCGCGCGCCUAAGUCCUGGGCCGGGGCGCCCGGCUCACUCCGCGCGCCUAAGUCCGCGCCCGGUUCGCUCCGCGCGCCUAAGUCCUGAGCCGAGCGGAGAGUGGAUUCCUCACAUCCGGAACGGAUUGUUCGCGAUCGGCGGAACGCUCGCGGCGCUCGUUCAUUCUUGGUUCGAUGGGUAGGCCGUAACGACACCGACGAUACUUGGAUGUCAGAGCAGUCCAUUCGCCUUGACCAUCCGUCCGUCCUCGACGCCUACCUCGCGCGCCUCGAUCGCUCGAACCGCCGCCUCGCCGCACGGUAG